AGAACAAAAGGAUAAUUAUUAAUUAAGUCAUUUUAAGAAAGGAAAAGUAAGAAGUAGGCCUUCAAGACGGACCAAGGCGGCAAAAAGCCACCGGCCACCAUCACCGCCAUAACUCCGUCGGCCACAGAAUUUUCCAACUGCUUUAUCGCAUUUUUAAUCCUUGUCGAUUGUUGAAAAUGAUUGAGAGAGAGAAGCAGAAUUGUGUAUUCUUCCUGUAGAAUUGAGUCAAUUUUGGGGAUCUCUCUGUUUCUAAGAUUCACGGUGGAUAUGGCGCAGAUAGGUCAAACGGAGGUCUGUACGCCGAGGUCUCUGCAAGUAUGGCAAGCUUUCAUGGAUUGGCUCUCUUUCUUUUUUCAUAUAAUUGUUCAGAUCGUGCGCGGUGCUCCUUCUUUGCCUCAGAUUUUGUCCUACGUCGGUUUCAGAUUUCCUCUUCUUCCCUCAUCUGCGCCCUCUUUUAAACCCUUGCCUGCUGCUGAGCUUCCUCUUCAUCAGUUUUCAGCAAAGAAACUUAGCUCUCUAAGUGAUGUGGAUGGUGGCGGAAGUCAAGAUCGCCCUCUCGAAAAAAUGACGGUGGUUCUUGAUUUAGAUGAAACCUUGGUUUGUGCUUAUGAAACUUCCAGUUUGCCAGCCGUUUUUCGCACUCAAGCAACAGAAGCUGGCUUGAAUUGGUUUGAGCUGGAAUGUGUAUCCUCGGACAAGGAAAUUGAAGGAAAGCCAAAGAUUAGUUAUGUAACCGUAUUCGAACGUCCUGGAUUGCAUGAGUUCUUGAGCCAGGCUGCUGAAUUUGCUGAACUUAUUUUAUUCACUGCUGGUCUUGAAGGUUAUGCUAAACCACUGGUCGACAGAAUAGAUACAGAGGGAAGAUUUAGCCUUCGACUUUAUCGACCAUCAACAGUUAGCACAGAAUACAGAGAACACGUAAAAGAUCUAACCUGUAUACAGAGAGAUCUCUCACGAAUUGUUAUUAUCGACAACAACCCUUUUAGUUUCUUGCUGCAACCAAUGAAUGGAAUCCCAUGCCUUCCAUUCUCUCCAGCACAGCCUUCUGAUAAUCAGCUUUUAGAGGUCCUCCUCCCCCUCCUCAAACACCUCGCCCUGGAAAAAGACGUCAGACCUAUUCUAUAUGAAAAAUUUCACAUGCCUGAAUGGUUUCAGAUUCAUGGAAUUUCUUAGUUUGAGAAGUACAAGACAGAUAGUAGCUACAUGUCGAAUGGAGCAUGCUAUAAACUAUAAAGUCAGUCUGCACAUUCUUUCCAUUUAGAACUUUAGGAGAUGGAGUAAGAAGAAACUCCAGAUAUGUCCACAAAUGUAUGUAAUAUCCACCUUAGGUCACUGUAUUGAUUCAGCAAGACUGCAAUCAUUGAAAGAGGUGUACUCUUAAAUCUUAAAUUCUUUUGUAUAAUUACACUUCAGGACAUCAUAAGGAAAUCAGAUGUUUUUGUAGAAUUUUGUUA